UGUUGGCAACAUCUUCCAAAUGUUUCUAAUAUGGCCGAAAAUGUAGUUGAUGUUUCUGAUGUUACCGCGUCAGUGAGUUGUUACACACAAUUACAGAAGAAGUUAUCGUAUAGUGCAGUGCGUAAAUUCAAAAAAUUACGAGCAAAACGUGAAAAGCGGCGAAGAAAUAGAUUAAGAAUUUUUAAACAUAAAAAGUUUAGGUUAGCUAGGAAAACCAAUUUGUGUGAAACAGCAUCCUGCACGGAAAUGAACGGUGUAGACACAAACUUAAAUUUGAACGCUCAAUUGGUUCCCCCGAUACCAGAGGUCGCAGCAUGGCAGAAUCAGCAUCAACUAGCUUACUGGAAAUCCCGUGCUAUGGCGCUCGAACACGAAAAUCGAAUGCUGCACCAACAUUUACGAAAUGUCUACGCUAAGCAAACACAGGACUACGUAGAUUAUCUCAAGGAGCAUCCUGAAAAAAUUGAAGAUGGCGAAAAAUCUGCUCGGGAUGACGAAGAAGGGGAAGGACCUUCCACAAAAAAUGUCGCAGAUAUUUCAGAACAGGGCAGUAGUGUUUAAAAAUAUGCGUAGGAUUAUUCAUCCAUAAAACAAUGAAGUUAUUAACAAAAUUUCCUGUGAUGUUAAUUAUAAUUGUAAUGCGAAUAUUAUAAUUAUUAUGGUGUAAA